CUUCGUGGCUCCACAGCUCAUUAAAGUCGCCCACCAAGCGGGAUCGAGAAACCUUAACUUCCAGACGGAUUACGCUUUAAGUCACAACCAUCAAUCGUAUCUAUAUCCUAACCAACGUCGAUAGCAAGUACGAUAGUAUUGCCGAGCGACGAACAAACCUUAAGAACACUGGCCAAUAUGGUCAAACCAUCGCUUCUGUCGGCCAGUUCUGAGCCGCUUCACAUAUUCCAAGAUGACUACCUGGACCAGCCCGCCCCAUCUAUCAGCCGGGCACCGAUGCCCUCUGUUAACAAGCAGCAAUCCCCUCGCCGGGCCCUUCAGAGCUCAACUGGGAACGUAAUAUUUAAUCCGCCUAAUGCGCACGCAAAACAGAACUCACCCUUCAAGGCAACCGGACGCACCGCCACUUCCCCGUUGACACCGCUCAGAUCGCAUGGUAGCAAACUCAAUGCCGUAUCGAUACUACCCCCUGCGGCGCAUGGACAGACAACAGAUUCGAUGCAGAAGAAGCAGCCGCUAAUGUCCAGAUUCAAGACUGUUGUUCAAAAACCCCCAGUGGAUGCAAAUGCAGGUUACGGAAAAGAGAAUGUUCAUCCUACGCUAUAUCCCGCCCCGUCCACUUUCAACAUAAACCUGGAGAAUUAUUAUCAGAAUGCACCGCCCAGGAAACGAGGAUUAUUGGAGGCCGCACCUAUUCAAGACUCGAGACCCGCAAAGAAGACCAAGCUGGAAGAAUCUCCCUUACCGCCGCCCGAUUCCUUCCCUGCGAUUGAGGAUACUGGCGCGAAGCCCUCAUUUAGUUAUGCUCAGCUAAUCGGAAUGGCAAUUCUGCGGGCCCCUCAAAGGCGACUUACGCUCUCGCAGAUCUACAAGUGGAUUUCAGAUAACUUCUCUUUUUAUAGUGCUCAAGAUGCGGGAUGGCAAAAUAGUAUUAGACAUAACCUCUCACUCAACAAGGCCUUCAUUAAACAGGAGCGACCAAAGGACGACCCGGGUAAGGGUAACUACUGGGCUAUAGAGCCGGGAAUGGAGCAUCAAUUUAUGAGAGAAAAGCCGAGCAAGAAAUCUACGACUGCCAUGGGAAACCCUCCUUUUAUGUCUGGCAGGGUUGAACCCCCCCGUAUUGAGCCUAUUAAUUUCCAUGAUGGUCUGCCUUCUCUCCCUCCAGUGCUUCCCGCGCAGCCAAACCCAUACAUACACGAUUCAACUGCGGGAUCCCAAGGCCCGGGCCAUGCUGCACCUGAAGUAUCGUCUGACGCUACUAUUCCGCUAUCAGAUAAUGUCGGACCGGAAGAGCAACCAGAGAAGAGCCAAGAACAGGCCCUGGUUCCGGAAAGUGGAUCAUAUUCCCCUCUCCCUCCUGCAAUACAUUCAUCACCUCCGAUCCCGCGCCGCAUGGAAGCUCGGAGUAACACACCUCCUCCGAUCAGGAGAGAGCCACCUUCAUCUGGCCCGCAUAAGCGCGGCCAUGGGCGCAAGUAUGCUUCGAUGGAUGCCUGCAUGGACGACAGCGGAUAUAUAUCGUCAUUAGAAUCGUCGGCUAUGCGCCCAAGGGGUAAUCGCAUCCUUAGUUCAGGGACCGACCGUCCUCGAAUCAAGCGAGGACGAGCUGAAGAAGAGAUUGCUCGGCUUCGUGCCUCAUCUUAUGACAGUCCUACGAAGGGACGUCCUUACGAGUUGGCUCCUCCCUCUUCGUCACCAUUAAGACGAGCAAACGGCGCUGGCCAAAUGCUACCUCCUUUAACCCCUGCCGUUAAAAUUAAGCCGCCGCCGAAGCCUCCUGCUUCCGUCUCGCCCAACACAAACUUGCGCAUACACAGAGACAACGUCAGGUCCAUGCUUAAUUCGCCACUUCGUCGUGUUAGUAACAUAACUGAAGAUACAAUUCCGUGGAGCCCGGCAUUCCAGAUAGACGACUCGAUUUUCAACUUCAACGACUUCGUCACGGAUUCUACAGAGUUUGAUAUUUACCAGGAUCAGUCCUUGGAUGCCUUCUUCGGUGCUGCGGACAAUGGCUCUCCACUGAAGCGCUCGGCCAGGAGGAAUCGCCUUGAUCGGUCUAUAUCCAUGAGUGCCCUUGGCGACCUUACAAAUUCUGCAUCGAAAAGGUCGAUAACGUCGGCCCCCUUGCUGAAAGCGCCGGCCUCAGGAACCCCUCUGUCGUAUGAGACACCGAGCAAGGUGUUCGAAGACAUAUCCUCUCCCAGCAAAAUAUUCUUAGAAUCCCCUUCGAAGAAUGUUUCUACUAAGAACAGCUGGGUCGGCCUGGAGGACUUUUGCACCUCUCAAUUCUUCGAGGACGAAACGGACGAGAGCACGGGUAUCGAUAUCCUUCAGGGCUUUGAGAGAAUCGGUGGUAGCCAGCCUCCGCGUGGGCUGCCCGCAUCCUCCAAAUCCUCGAGGGCGCCUCUGGGUCGUAGUCUUACGACCAAAUUUUAAAGCGCCUGCGCUGCACCUCAUAGGGUGAUGACCUAUCACAUUGAUAAUGAUUACGAAUAAUGACCUCAUUGCAUUCCGGAUAUCUUCAAUUCGAUU